AAAACAGCUGUAUCAAUUUCAAACUCACACACGAAUCAAACACAUAGGAGUAUUUGGUAGCGGUGUAGUUUUGGAGCAGAGGAGAAGCAUGUCCAACCUCGACUUUCUGUUUGUCAACGGCGUCGUUUCACCACCCUCUCUCACCCCUUCUGUUGCUACCUUGCUUGAAACUCACCCAGGUGCUUACACGACCUCCAGAACUCAUAACAAUGGGUCAGUCUUGUUGUUUUGGGAGAGGCAUUUAAAUAGGCUGGCCAAUUCUGCCAGAAUUUUGUUAAAUUCAAAACCUGAACUCUUGUUUGAAAUUGGAGAGUCCAGGGCUUCUUUUUCCGGAAAGUUUUCUAAUUGGGAUUCGGCCAUGAAGUCGCUUGUUAAUGAUUUGAUGAGAACGGCAUUGCCGGUGGCAGUGGAAGAUAUGAAAGUUGGUGAGGAAUUGGCUGUUACGACUCUUGUGAGUGGGAAUAUGGAGAAUUGGAGGAGAAAUGAAGGUUUAGAUGGAGAAGAAAUGUUCCGCGAGGUCUUUGACGUUUAUAUACGUGUGGGUUUAUACGUUCCUUUGGAGUUUGGUUUGCGAGAGAAUGGGGCGCAUUUGGCAGCGGUGGGUCCUGGGAGAGCUGUUGCUAAUGCAAAAUAUUCAGAGUGGGUAAGGGUGAGGAAGCAUUUGGAGAAGUUAAGGCCGCCUUCUGCCACCGAACUUAUAUUGUCAAACGAUGGUGAUCAUAUGCUUGAAGGUUGUUUGACAAAUUUUUUUGUUGUUUGUCUUAGGGAUGGCAGUGAAGAUGAUGCCAAGGCUGAGGAGGACUUAACUGUUUAUGAAGUUCAGACAGCUCCUAUAUCUGAUGGUGUCCUCCCUGGAGUUAUUCGCCAAAUUAUCAUUGAAGCAUGCUUAAAACAUGGAAUCCCAUUUCGAGAAGUUGCACCUUCGUGGUCAAGACAUGAACAGUGGGAAGAAGCUUUUAUUACCAAUAGUUUAAGGCUUUUGCAGCACGUAGAAACAAUUCGAGUCCCGUGUUCGUGGAGCUCACUUGAAUCAAAAAGUUGGAAGGACGUUAAUUGGGAGGAAAAACAAUUUAAGGAGGGUCCUGGAACCAUCACAUCUGUACUCCAGGAAGAGAUUAUGGCUAAAGCUGCAUUAGAAGGUUACCCGGUGACUUCAUUGCCCAAAUGAUUAAAAUCCUGACCCAGAUGAUUAUAGGGAAAUUCCACCCCUCCCCUGUGUAUGAAAAUUGUAAAUAUAAUGGCAUUUAUGAGUAGAUCACAACAAUGUUUAUGAUGUAUAAUAUGAACAAUGAAAUUGUGGAAUAAGGUCCAUAUUUCAUAAUUUUUUGAUUUUAAAUUUAUAAUAUCAACAAUGAAAUUGUGGAAUAAGUUUCAUAUUUCAUAA